CCACGCCCUUUUUGCUCGUCUCGCUGGUGUAUGGAAAAACUGUGCGUCAUAUUCGCAAUCAUAAAUGCCGUUACAUGCAUACUGGCUUUCCUUAAUAGCGUGAUAUUUCUAAUUUUCCUACUAGUUCUCUGGUUCUGGAAUCUGUAUCAUGAAAAUAUUCCAACGUAUGGCGACAGCGAAGGAUGGGCUUUGUUCCUGAAUGUAUUCAUUAUCGGAGCAAUAAUAUGCAGUAUGCUAGCUGCGUCGGCACUCUACUUCGCCAUUCUGCUGUGUCUUGGAAUACAACAUGAUAACAAGCGCUACAUAAAGAUGUAUGUACAUUACGGCGUGACUGUUGUCGCUUUGAGCGUUUUGGGGUCGUUCUUGUACAUCUGGCUGUUUUGGGAACAAGUGCGAAUGGAUGCUGUCAUCUCAUUCGGAGUUUGCUUGGCUUACUCAGGAAUCCUGUUCCUCAUACACAAGACAUAUCUUGGAUCAAAUCAGCAGAAGGCAGACGACAGAUUGCUCAGCGCGUCGUACGUUCAGUCAUACGGGUGCCAAUAA